GCAGUCCUAGAAGACGGUCAUCUUUAUUUUUUUUUACAAAGCUACAACAAUCCAGAUCAUGGUGGUACCGAACUUGUGUCAAGCAGCCUUCGCGAUGCUUCGGCAGAUCGAGCCGAUCAUCGUGCUCGAGCAGCUGGGCAGCACUCUCUUUGAUACCGCGCUGCAGAUGGUGGUCUGGGACCGCUGUGCCAACGCUACCGACCCGGGCCACUCCAGUGAGGAUGCCCAGCAGAAAGCCAUGACCGACUUCUACAUGAUCAACAACCUCAUUAUCCAGCUGACUCCCAUCUUUCCUGCGCUGUUCCUGGCAAGACUGAGCGACCGCGGCCGGAGGAAAGCCCCCAUCGUGUCCCCCCUCACCGGCUACCUGUUGUCUAGGGUCAUCCUGCUCCUGGUAGUCGUUCUAAAACUGCCGCUGCAGGUGAUGUUCGCGGCGGGGGCUGUCCUCGGGCUCUCCGGCGGGUUCACCGCAUAUUGGCCCGGUGUAAUGACUCUAGCUUCACUCGGCUCCACGGCGGCCGACCGCUCCAAGGUGUUGAUGAGGGUGGAGUUCAUGUAUGGGUUAGCAGGCGUGGUGGGCAGCCUCGCUUCUGGCCAUCUGUUCCACCUGUACAGCUCCAGUUUGGGACAUGGGACCAUCCUGCUUAUCAUCAGCACACUGCUGCAUCUGCUCUGCCUCUUACACUCCAUUUUCCUGCUGCAGGUGAAAGGUGUAAGCGAUGGAGAGCCGGAGGAGAACCGCCACCUACUGUUACGCGCCUCCACUAACUCUUCAGUUGUCGAGGCUCCUGUUGAGAUAAACAGAGUGAAUGUGGCUCUGUUGUUUGUGGCUGCCAUCCUGUACGACUUUGCAGUGGGCGGAGCCAUUGAAGUACUGGGCGCCUUUGUGCUGAGAGCACCACUCAGCUGGAACGCCACUCUAGUGGGGUACGGAAAUGCAGCAGGCUGUGUGAUCUUCCUCACCAGUUACAUAGGUGUCAUCGGGUUUCGACGCUGCUGCAGCGACACCUCGCUCAUUCUGAUCGGCAUGGUGUCCUUCGCUGUCGGGAUUUACUUCAUGUCCUUUGUAACGACGACCCUCACUUUCUACCUCGCUCGUGCACUCACCCUGUUUGCUCUCAUCCCGAUGACCACAAUCAGAUCUCUGCUCUCACAGCAGGUCCCAGCUUCUUCAUGUGGCAUGACCCUCACCUUCCUGCAACUCGCUCUGAAGUUUGCCAGCCUGGCGUACAUUCCCGCUUUCACCAAGAUCUAUCAGGGAACCCUGGACUGGUUCCCAGGCUUUGUGUUCACACUAGCCAGUAUUUUCACAGUACUGGGAAUGACACCCAUCAGUAUCAUCGGCUGCAGAUCACCUCAGAGGUGGCAGUAUGAGAAGAUUUAGAGCGGCCGAACCAGUAACAUCAUCACCAGCAGCAGCAGCAGCGAGUGAGCAUUGGUGCAAGGCAGAAGGGAACUGAGACUUGAAACUACUUCCUGUGGUGUUCCUCAGUUAUAAAAGAGGGCAAACAGUAUUUUUACAUUUACAUCUCAAAUAGAAAACUGCCUCACAAAGACAGAAGCUGCCACGGUGAUUUCCACAUAGUUUAGGAUUUGUCACGGACUGCGUUGGCUGCUUCUGUCAGCAAACUGUUACUCACACGCAGUUUUCAGCCAUGGGUCAUGUUUUAAACAACUUCGUUAGGAGUUUUGUAUCCUGGAGUCCUCUCAGGCUGUUACAGGAACAGAAAGUUUGACACAAGUUGAUCUCUGUUAUGAAUUCACCUGUUUUUACUUAACUGCCUACUGUUUUUGUAGAUUCGUAAACUAGAAGCUAGAAGUGGAAGUGUGGUUAUAAAAUCAGGGUUUUUUUUUUGGCUGUUACUGUUUCCAUAUUUAAAGACUUUUCAGUUGUUACUGUACUUGCACAGUAAUGUGCACAAACUUAAUGAGAGUGCUGCUCUGAUGCCAGCUUAGCUGCAGUUUGGGUUUAGGUCAAAGCUACAUGAAGUGAAUCCAGUUUGAGUCACAGACGGUGUAAACGGUGGACAUGGCCACUGUGAUGUCUCAAGGUGAAGCCUCGAGGCUCGAGAAACCGCACAGUCAUUGGCUAACAGCUUCUGACUGAGUCUAAUAAAGAGGAUCAUUUAUGAAAUCUGAAACUAGCGACAUUUUCUUACAUCAUCUGUACAAGCCCUAACCCUGCAAUGCCAUCUAUAUUUUUUCUCAGACAUGAGUUUAAUGGCCAGCCCCCUGCUGGCCACGAAACGACAAUACAGAUUUCAUCAGACACAGAAGGCACGCCCAUCUUUUUGUACUGUUUACAUCUGUGUCCUGUUCACAUCACCUUAACUCUUCUAGAGGCCACUGUUUCUGAGGUGUGACUUAAACCUGCUGCAAGCCUACGCUGCGUUUUACGGAAGCUCGUCUCUGUCAAAAACAGUUUCUGGCAUCCACAAAUGGAAAAUUAGAGUUACUAUCUCCAAAAUUUUGGUCUACAAAAUAAAAAAUACAGUUAUUACGUCAAAAUUUUGAGAUAACGAAACAUCGAAUGAGCUCUGCCAAUCAGGGUUUUUUUUUUCAGUGGCGGAAACGAGCUUUCAGCCUCAAUACCAAACAUACCAAACUUUUUCUCUCUCUCUUUUUUUUUUAAACAGUGUUGUAUUAAGCUCCCUGAUAUAAUAGCUAAGCAUUACAUCAGUGGCAACGGACUAAUUGCAUGCACUGCUUUUUAAAUCAGCAGGGCUUGCAUAGACGCCACUACAGAUUGGGCAACAAGCCCAAAAAAGUUGAAAGAAAAACAUACUCCAUAAGUCUGAUGCGCACUGUUGCACAUUAUAAGACUGAAACACGACGUUCAAUCUGUAAACCAUAGCAAAACAUUGCCCAGUUUUCUUUAGAUUGAACCAAUUUUUGCUGCUCAGAGGAUAUUAUUGAUUUUUUAAAUAUCAAAUAUUUUACCACCUGUCUGCGCCCAGUGGCAAACCAAUUAUUAACAAAACAGUCACCUCUUAAUUUCUUUGCUGCCAGAAACACAAAGAAAUAAGUUUCACAGGAAGCUAAUGCUGCGUAUUUGACAGAUUAAUCCUACUGACGCAGUUCGUAAGGAAACAAAAGGAAAAAUGUGUUGUGCCUGAAACAUUCAGCGCAACGUUAGCAAACGAUCACAAGUGCGUGGACAAGUGUUCUGUGGAUGGGAAAAAACUGCUGGAUUCUCCCCCGCUCAUGACUCCGUGUAUCAUCACCAUCGGUCAGCUGCUCACAACACAUAUUUUAGGAAAAGCUUUAGGUUUGGUGUCAUUUGACGUUCUCGCACACCGACUACUGGCAGUCUAAGGGAUCUUUUUUGACAUAACUUUUUGUUUGCUUUUAUAUAUUUUUAUUAUCCUUACAUAUUGACCCACUAAUUCAUUUGAUUGUGCUUUAUGUUCAUCUGUCUAAGUCUGAAGGUACUGGUACAGUUCUGUGUAUGAAUUUAUGUAGAAAUUUAAAGCCAUAUUUUAGUUAUUAGUAGACAUGUUUGUAUAGCUGAAGUAGUGCUUAUAGUACUGAUUGAAGGAAACCAAAUGAAGGUUUUUUUGUAAUAGUUAUUUUGCAUUUGCACAUUAUUGCACUUUUAUUUGUUGACGGUGCAUAAAAGGGGGCUUCUGCUGUAGUUUAAAUGAAAUUAUUAAACAUAAAGAGCAACUUAUGUUGGUGUUCGAGCUGCAAUGACACUAAAAAUCUUUUUGUUAAAUAAACAU